UCAAUCCAAUCAAGCAACAAGCCAACCUUAACUGUCAUUGUAUGACUUUGAUUUGAUGGGAUGGGAUGGGCUAGGUUUUUUAGUGUUUUGGUGAAUUCGUAAAUGUUUCAAAUAUUUUUUAUAAUUUGAUAUAACUUAACUACGAGCUUUCAUAUUUCCUGUGAAUAAAUUAUUAUACAUUAUAAGAAUAAGAAACAAUGAAGAAUAGAAGCUUAGCUGGAAACUGUGGCAUUGGUGUAUUCAUCAUUGCCCUUGUCACUGUGGCAUUGGCUUUCGGCACGCCUAGCUGGUUGGUCAGCGACUCGAGAAUAAGGGGCGCGAAGUUGGACAGGUUGGGUCUAUGGAGUCAUUGCUUCAGAUCCCUUCCCGACCCUUUGGAUCAAUACCAAAGAAGGUUUUUCGUGGGCUGUCGUUGGGUUUACGACCCGUUCACGACCGGCUACGAUAAGAUUCGUGGCUACUUGCUUCCUGGAUUUAUGAUAGCGACGCAGUUUUUCUUUACGAUAUGUUUGCUCGGUGUUCUCGUUUCAACAGUAUUGGUCCUCAUUUUCUUCCUUUGUUGUGGACCCGAUCAAAGCCGCUUCGUGCUUUUAAUAAGAUCUAUAGGCUUCAUUAUGUUGGGCGCAGGUGUCAGUGGGGCAAUUGCAGUAAUAGUUUUUGCAUGUUUGGGAAAUGCAGAUGAAUGGAUGCCAGAUCACGCUAAUAAUUAUUUAGGUUGGUCGUUCGGCCUCGGAGUGGUCGGUACAGUGGCGUGCCUAGUCACUGCCGCGCUUUUCUUAACGGAGUCGAAUAUUCAGUUGAAGAAACGAAAGAAACUUAAAGAAUCACAAGCUCGUUUCGAAAUGGAGUAUGAGUCAAAGGCGUAAUUAGCGUCCGGAUGGUUGUAAUUGGGCCUCGUUGACUAGUGGCUGUUAUGUUAGUAGGUGUUAUGCUACUUUAUAGGUAUCAAUGACUUCGAUCUGUGUGUGCGAAAAAAUCUGUCGUAUUAUGUAUAUUUUUAAAUUUAAAAGAUAUUUGAUGCAGUUAACAUAUUUGUAUACAAUUUUCUUUCAGUUCUUAUUACUGUUUUUGAUCUGUUUGUAAACCAUAGUAUAGCUUUAAGUGAAUGAUAUUUCGUACGAAUGUUAUUGCCUUAUACAAAUCAAUAAUGCGUGUUUGCGAUCGUAGCGUAGGUAUAAUUUAUCACAAUUUCAAGAAUUAUACAUACACUUUUACUAAGAAGUUCCCCGCUUUAUGUUAAAACUUUUUUACGUUAGAUGCUAAGACUUAAUUAACGUUAAUAACUAAUUCGUCACAGCAGCACAUAACCUUUGAGUUAUUUGAUUCUUUUGGCGUUUGCUACACAAGAUAUGUGACUUGAAAUGAUUCAACAAACAUUUUUACUGCUGCCUUGAUUUCGCAUGGUUUGGCAGGAUAUGGUAUACGGUAUACGCACAUCAAGCAAGUUAGCUGUCUUUAAUCAUGGUAAACAUCAAAUAAAAGUUCAUUUUUAGGUUACAGUCAGUAAUAUUAUGAUGUUCUUACAACAACCACUUUUGGGCACUUUUCUGUAUGUGCACAAAUAAGAGUGGUUGACAAACUCGAUAAAAUCACACGAAAAACACGCACUACAUGUUUUUGUAAUUUAUUAUGUAUGUACCUUAUUAUUAUUUUAUGGGCUUUAAUUAUUAAAUCUACAAUACACUAUACCUACUCAAUUUUGUUUCGUACAUAUGAGAACGUAUGUUUUUUAUAUUAAUUUUACUAGGUAUAGGUGAUUAGUUAAGGUAUACUUUUAAUAUGAAGUUACUUAUCACAAUUACAUAUCUAACGAAUUACCUUAUAUUUUACCGUCCAUCAUUGUAGUUUUAUAAUGUUUAAGGAGUUAUAUUACGAGUAGGUAUUAUAAGUAAAAACGAUAAGACAACGUGAAGAAUCUCUUACUGCCGUCCACCAAUCAUUUUGUAUUUUAUUGUAUUCCAAUAAAUUUUAAAGAAUAUUUUA